CCCCCCCCCCCCACCACCCCAAGCUGGAGCGAGAGUGGUAUUUUGGAGUAAAGAUGUCUGUGUCUUCCCUCUACCUCAAUCAAGACAAAACAGUGCGCUUCAAGAAGAGGAAAGCGCGCUUCUCCUUCAGUGAGGUGCACAUACUGCUGGACGAAGUGCGGAAGAAUCGCCACAUUCUUGUGGGUAAGUUUAAUACCGGUGUUCCAUCUGACGUGAAGAAGAGGAAAUGGGCAGAGAUCACGGCACGUAUUAAUGAGAUUGGAGAGUGUGACAGAGAGAUCAUGGAGGUUGUAAAGAAAUGGUCAGACCUCAAAUGCGACACAAGGCGUAAAGUGGCUGCCCUGCGAUCUGGUGGUAAUUUGUCCCUGUCCCAACGAUUGGCACGGUCCAAUAUUGAACUCUCCCCAACGGAAGUCAUAGUGGAAUCCAUCCUUGAACUGGACAAAAAGCCAUGGGAAGCUUCCCAACGGGCCCCAAUUCGAAGUUACAGUGAUGAUCAAGAGGUUGGAGGUGAGGAUGAGGAAGAGGAAGAUGGGUUGUUGAUGGGGCUGGGAUCGGUCCACAGUUCGCCGGGCAGAGGAUUGGACAUGGGGGGGAUGCCUGCUACAAUGAGUGGAGCUGUGGUUGCAUCAGAAAUGCAGUAUGAUGGCUCCAAAACUCGAGAUCCCGAAUCUAACAUGGUAGACUCAGACGAAGAUAACCAUGACCACCUCCCGUCUUCCUCUAUGGUGUCUGUCUCUAACUCUCAUUCUGAGGAGGAUGGAAUUGCAACUAGAGGCAAUAUUGGACACGUCGCCUCCACAGUCACUGCCUCUAAUAAAACAUCUUUCUCAGGGGUGGAGCCAGAAAGUUCACGUGAGCAGUUAGCGCACAACGCUAGCCUUAGCGUGCAACAGCAGCACGCUACUAACACACUUCUGUCCACAGUAUCCCGUUCACUUGAGAUUCUUGCAGAGUCAGUGCAGCAGCUAGCAGAAACACAGCAGGAGUUUGCACGUGAAUCACUGCAGCUACAGAGGGACACCGUGCAGGUGUUGCGGGAAUUUGCCUCUGGCACGCUAACGAUACUGCAGGAGAAGGUCAAUGGAAAACCUGUGUUGUGAAAGUUUUAUUUAGCACCACAAUAGUGCAAAUGUUCUGAAGGAAAAUCAUGAUCAAGAAGCAUUACAUUGUUCAACCCAUGGUCUUUGUUUGCUAUUACAGCCAUGCAAUAAACAUUAUUAGCCACAAACAGAAACAACAAAGUACAGCUUCUCACUGAAACGCUGUUAACCAUCAGAGGGCGCUGUGUACCAUUAGACAAAAUAAUUUACAUUAUAACUAGCUGAUCACAACUAUUUAUGUUACUUAAGAUAUUUGACUUCAGUUCAAAAUACUAUGACACCUCUUAAAGAAAAUCAGUUUUUCCAAAAUACUAAUACAAAAACUAUGAUAUUUGUACCUCGUCUCUGUUUAGGGAUUAACUUCGUGUUUGUGUUUUGUUGUUUUGUGAAGCGCAAGAAAAUAGUGCGAUCACUCCAGAAAUUUUAGGGUAAGCCAUUCACAAAGUGAAUGUGUUUAUGCAUAUAUUAAUAUGGUCUUCCACGACAAAAUAUGUACUUUUUUCUUCAACAUCACAUAAGGUUUGUUGAGACUAACCUGUUAUGGGGAAAUUCAUAAAGUUAGGACCUUCCUUUAAAGUUGACUCAGAUGUGUGAAUUAUACAGCUUUAUGUAAUUUAUAGGUUUUAUCACAAUGUCUAAUAAUGUAAGAAAUAAUUAACGUGUUUAUAAUCUUGUGGUAAGACAUGAUGAUGAUCUGAAAGUUUUUAUGUAAAAUGCAUCUCGAUGAUAAUGUAUGGAAUAUGUGUUUUAUUCACCUUUCCUGGCACAUAAAAGGAAACCGAUGUAUACACAACUCGUAUACAUGUAUUGCAGCUCUGAAAGUUAUGAUGAUUCUGUGGAGUUUUGGUGUUAUUCUGAAACUUUCAGAGACAGGAAGCACUACAUCUACAUGCAGCCGCUUUUUUUGGUUUAAGGACAACUGAAAAGUUUUAAGAUCUUAAAAUUUAAGUCCAGUAAAAGGUCUUAUGUUUUGUCUGUUGAGAUAUUCAAGUUACAUUUUUUUCCAACAUAAUUUUCUAAUUGUAUUUUUAUGUAAAAUUUUCUUUUGAUACACAUGUACACGUCAAUAAAGUGUGAGGAAUUUACAGCUUAGGCAUUAAA